AGUGAAAGCCGACCAGCGAGCGUGUGGGAGUUGCGAGUCCAGCAUGUGGGAAGCGGUCCGCCUAGGUCGCCGCUGGCGCAUGCGUAUCGGGGAGCCUAAGCCAGCGCGGCGCGGCCGCCAUCGCUGGAAAACUUCCGUCAGAUCCCGACUGGCACGGGCGGCUGGUCCAGCCCCAGGGGCCCAGCCGCUGGGCGUCAUUGGCUCAGGCGGUAGGGCCCUCAUCACCCUGUCCCGCCUAGGUCGGGCCCGGCGGCGGCGGCGGCGGCGGCGGCGGCGUGAGGGGGCGGAGCCGCCCAGAGCGCCCUUUGUCUGUGGAGGCUGUUAUGCCCUCUCACAAUGCUAUACUUUCCCAAGGGGGGAACAUGGAGGAGAAAGAAAUGAGUGAUGGAUCACAGAUAGUCAGGUCUCAGGAAUCACUGACAUUCCAGGACGUGGCAGUGAACUUCACCAGAGAAGAAUGGGACCAGCUGUACCCUGCUCAGAAGAACCUUUACCGAGAUGUGAUGCUGGAGAAUUACAGAAAUCUGGUAGCACUGGGACAUCAACUUUAUAAGCCAGAGGUGAUCUCUCAUUUGGAGCAAGAGGAGCAGUGGGUGAUGGAAAGAGACAGCCCACUGGAUACUCACACAGAUGGGGAGAGUAGACCUGAAAUCAAAAAAUCAACUCCAAACCAGAAUAUUUCUGAUGAAAAUCAAAAUCAUGACAUGAUAAUGGAGAGACUAACAGGAGAUAGUUUCUGGUACUCCAUCUUGGGAGGACUCUGGGAUUUUGAUUACCAGUUAGAGUUUAACCAAGAAAACCAGCAGAGACAUUUAGCACAAGUAUCUUUCACCCACAAAAAGAUCACACAGGAGAGAAGCCAUGACUGUAAUAGAUUUGGAGAAAACUAUAAUGUGAACUCAAACCUUAUUAUGCAUCAGAGAAUUUCUUCAAUUAAAAUACCCCUUAAUUCUGACACACAAGGAAAUAGCAUCAAACGUAAUUCAGACUUGAUUUACUAUCAGGGAAACUAUGUAAGAAAUAAUCCUUAUGAAUAUAAUGAGUGUGGAAAAAUCUUCAAUCAACAUAUUCUUCUUACUAAUCAUAUUCACACUGAAGAGAAACCCAGUGAAUGUGGAAAGGUUUUCAGCCACAAUUCAUCUCUUACUCAACCUCACAUAGUCCUUACAGGAGAGAAGCCCUAUAAGUGUGAUGAAUGUGGGAAAAGAUUCAGCCAGAGGAUACAUCUUAUUCAACAUCAGAGAAUUCACACAGGAGAAAAACCUUUUAUAUGCAAUGAAUGUGGGAAAGCCUUCCGUCAACAUUCAUCCUUUACUCAACAUCUGAGAAUUCAUACUGGAGAGAAGCCCUAUAAAUGUAAUCAAUGUGGUAAGGCAUUUAGCCGUAUCACAUCCCUUACUGAACAUCAUAGACUUCAUACUGGAGAGAAACCUUAUGAAUGUAGUUUUUGUGGGAAAGCCUUUAGCCAGAGGACACAUCUUAAUCAACAUGAGAGAACUCAUACAGGAGAGAAACCCUAUAAAUGUAAUGAAUGUGAGAAAGCCUUUAGCCAGAGUGCACACCUUAACCAACAUAGGAAAAUCCAUACUCGGGAGAAAUUAUGUGAAUAUAAUAAAUGUGAGAAAACCUUAGGUCCCAGUCCUUCACUUACCCAGCAGCAUGUAACUCAUGCGGGGGGAAUCAUAUGAAUAUAUAAAUCUGGGAAAACUUUUGGUCAGAUCUUUUCAUCCCAUUCAAUAUCAAAUUAUUCAUAGAGAGAAAGCUUAUAAAUAAACUUUUAAUACAUAGAAACUAAAUAAAUUUAGGUCUUAAAUUAGCAUGUUCCCAGGAGAGAUUAUAAAUAGUGAAAAUAAUUUAUUUUAUAAAUAAGAUUAUAUUAAGAGUCAUGUUCCAAAUCUGAUAUAAAACUUUUUUCAAUGACCAGAAAUCUUGUAGGCAAUAAUCUGUAAUUAUUCACCUGUAACUUUUAUGAUAUAAAGUUUUUAAAUUAUGUAAACAUUGAUUAAGGCAAUGAUGUAGUGUAACUAGUCACAUAAACUUGAAAUAAACAUAAAAGCAAUAUUUCUCAAACU